AUGAGAUAUCGUCUGCUAAACUGUACUGCCAUAGCAUGGAAGCUGAGUCAGUUUGUUUGCUCAGUCGACCAUGACAUUCUCUAUGCGGCUUUACAAAAGCUAGUGAAUGAAGAAAACAUUGUUCAACGACCAGUUCUGAUACAGAGACUGGCACAUGAACAAGGCAUAAACAUUGGCCGGACCAGUCUCAACAGAUAUAUGAAACUGUGGGGACUAGGAGGGUCACGUAAAGCUGGAUUCACAAAAGCUCAAGUAACUAGUGUUGUCGUAACACACAUCAACCAACAUGACCCUCAACAUCGAGAAUCACCUGCAAGAAUCACCUUAGCUCUAGGACAGAAGGGAAUACAUGUGAAGCGGUAUGUGGACAUUGUCACACAGAUUAUGCGUGAUCAUUUCCCUGAUGGAUUUCCGGCAAGGGCUCCUUCUUAUAAAGCCAAGAAGGGCCACCCUGCACUUCUCACUUCCUAUGGUCCCAAUGACCAGCUUUCUAUUGACGGACACGACAAGCUUGUUGAUAUUGGUUUUGCCAUUUAUGGAAUGAGGGACAAAUUCUCACGGAAAUGGAUGUCCUUACGAGCGGUUCCAAGCAACAGAAGUAACACAGUUACUCGAUGGCUGUUCCUUGAGCUUGUACAUAGCAUGAAAGGUAAAGGUAAUCUGUAUUCCUUUGUCACCAGCGACCAUGGCACUGAAGUCCUGGACAUAUUCAGUGACCAGUUGACUCUGCGAGAGCUGGUGCAGCCACAACUAAGCAUACUCAUGGAAGAUCUGGGUGUACUUGCUGCUCCUGAACCCCAUCGAUUCCUGCCCUCUACAAAGAACAUCACUGUCGAAAGAGGAUGGCGACCUCUAGUGGACAAGUUCCACAGCAAGUUCAUUGUCAGCACGCAGAAUGCAAUCCUGACAGGAGAUUAUACACCAGGAAACAAUCAACACCGUAUCAUCUAUCUAUAUCUAUUUGCACCCCUUGUGCAGAAAGAACUAGAGGACUACGUUCAUCUGACAAACUGUUCGAUCAUCCGCAAGCAACCCCAUACCAACCUACCAUCUGGCAAGUCACCUAAUACUAUCUACCAUUGCGAAGGAACCAAUUGCCUUCUGCCCCUUGAUGAAGUGGGCAUGAACCAAGUGAGGACAUGGAUGGACGAGAUUGAGAUGAGCCAUCCACGAUUGCUGUCUUUUAUUGAGGAGGAUGAAGAGCAAUGGGCAUCUCAGCUCUUCGAGCAUUGUGCCUUCUCGGACAUCACACUCGGAUUCACUGUCAAUCUAUCCAAUGCAUGGAUGGUAUUCAGGAGCAUGACAGAACAUAUGGACGAAGUACCCUACUUGUAA